UCCAAAUAUACCGCAAGAAGAAACUGUUUCUGUUAUGUUGCGGACGGCAUACCCAGCCAUUCUCUUUCUCUCCCUCCCAAUUCUCAGAAAGAAAAAAUAGAGACAAGAAAAAUGGAGGAAAUAUCUUACAGAAGCUGAGGCAUUAUAUUAUACGGAGUAGAUGAACAGAAAAGGUCGGAAAUUAUGGAUAAAAAAGAGAAGGCAAAGGAGAAAAGAGAGAAGAGGCGCCAAGAGAUUUCUCUUCUCCGUACCAUUCCCUACUCAGAUCACCAAAGAUGGUGGACAUCUGACACAAUUGCUGUGGUGACUGGUGCGAAUAGAGGAAUUGGAUUUGAGAUUGCGCACCAACUUGGAAUGCAUGGGUUGACAGUAGUUGUUACUUCACGAGAGACAGGUGUUGGGGAAGAAGCGGUGAAAGUCAUGCAGGAAGGAGGUCUUAAUGUGGCAUUCCAUCAACUAGAUAUUGUGGAUCCUUCAUCACUAAAAUCAUUUUCUGAAUGGUUAAAAGAGACAUACGGGGGUUUAGAUAUACUGAUAAACAAUGCAGGGGUGAAUUUCAAUGUCGGCACAAGUAACUCUGUAGAGAAUGCAGAAACCGUUAUCAAGACAAACUAUUAUGGAACCAAAAACAUGACCAAAACUAUGAUUCCGUUAAUGAGAUCAACAGCUGCUGGUGGUCAUAUUGUUAGUGUGACAUCACGGUUAGGAAGACUAAGUAAACUUCAAAAUGAUGAAUUGAGAAAAAAACUGGAGGAUGUAGACAAAUUAUCAGAGGAAUUGAUUGAUCAGACUGUGGAGUCAUUUUUAAAACAAGUAAAAGAAGGGACUUGGGAAUCUGGUGGAUGGCCUCAAACUUUUACCGACUACUCAGUGUCAAAACUUGCAGUUAAUGCUUUCACUAGACUAAUGGCACGGGAACUUUCAGACCGUCCAGAUGGUCAAAAAAUCUAUAUAAACUGCUAUUGCCCAGGUUGGGUCAAGACUGCCUUGACUGGUUGGGCGGGGAGUAUUUCUCCCGAAGAAGCAGCUGAUACUCCAGUCUGGCUGUCGCUGAUCCCCGACAAGUUUGUAACUGGUAAGUUUUUCGCUGAGAGGCGAGAGAUAAACUUCUAACUAAGGCUGUGAAGACUGAUUAUAGAUUCAAUAUCAGUGAAACCGUCUGCCACUACAGAAACAAAAUCUUUUUUCUGAUCUACAUUGUAUCACUUACAUACUCAUGAGAGAUUUAAGAAAAUGUCUGUUUUGUAGCUUUAGUCA